ACCGCACGAUAAAGUCUCCUUAUCUCAGCGCAAAACCAAAAACACACGCGCACGCCACCUUCACUACACCAGCUCGAAGUAGAAGACGAUUGUCCAUGGAGGAGGUGGUGAUUGUGGGUGCCGGCAUCGCGGGGCUGGCGACGGCGGUGGCCCUCAAGAAGGUCGGCGUCCGGGCCCUCGUCCUCGAGAAAUCGAAGGAUCUGCGAGCCACUGGCACAGCUCUCGGUCUCUUCCCUAACGCGUGGGUCGCGCUCGACGCGCUCGGGGUCUCGGACAAGCUCACAGCCCUUUAUGCGCCUUUCGAGAGGGGAUACAUCACUGAUGUCAAGACUAAAUCGAUUCAAGAUGUGCGUUAUCCUCCAAAUAACCGGAUUGGAGCCCAACCAAGAGCGGUUCACCGAAAAGUCUUGCUGGAAGUUCUGGCAGAGGAGCUUCCUCCAAAUAGCAUUCGGUUCUCUUCCAAGAUAACUUCCAUCGAAACCCAAGAAGAACGACACUCACCCAUUUGUAUCGUCACGCUUGAAGAUGGGUCCAUCAUAAAGUCUAAGGUUGUUAUAGGAUGUGACGGUGUUCACUCGAUCGUAGCCCACUGGCUCGGACUUCGCCCGCCGGUCUAUUCGGGCCGGUCGGCGGUGCGUGGGUUGACCGUGUUCCCAAAGGGUCACGGAUAUGACCGAAGCCGCGGGAUUGAACAAUUUGUAGAUGUGGGCAAGAGGGCAGGUUUUUUGACUCUCAAUGAUAAGGAAGUGUACUGGUUCUUUGCGGGGAAGAGUCCUCCUAGAGGUAUGGAAAAAGGAGCAGAUCCGCAAAUGAUCCAAAGGGAGGUGAUGGAAAAUUUGGCAAAGGACUUCCCGCCGGUAUACCUCGACGUUGUAAAGCGCUCCGAUCUUUCGAGUUUGACAUGGGCCCCGUUGAUGUUCCGAUACCCUUGGGACAUCCUAUUCGGAAACCUAGCCCAAUCGAACAUCACUGUGGCUGGAGACGCUAUGCACCCGAUGACUCCAGACUUGGGCCAGGGUGGAUGCUCGGCGCUUGAGGACGCGGUGGUAUUGGGCCGGCACAUCGGGGGCUCGAUUUCCAAGCACGGUGAACUCGUGGCCCGAGAUGUUGGAUUUGCUAUAGAGAGGUACGCGAAGGAGAGGAGAUUGAGGGCAGCGACUCUGAUAACGGCAUCGUACUUGGCGGGAUGGGUGCAACAAGAUGGGUCUAGUCGAUUAAUGAGGUUCAUAAGAGAUGUUUUGUUCUACGGGCUCCUCUUGGCUAGAGUAGUAAGCAGUGUCGCCCAAUAUGAUUGUGGGAAGCUCCCUAGUGUCUCCUCUUUGCCUUCAUGUGAGUCCGAAAGCUCCAUCUAAUUACCGAGUUGCAAAUGGGUAAUGGUCUACUAUAUUGUCUGACAGACGAUGAUGAAGUUUAUUGCAAUUUAUAGUAGA